CGCUCUCGGAGGGCACUCACGCGGGGGAAUAGUCGCGCGGGGCGCGCUUUUCGUCGGUGCGCGCCGCCGCGUCACGGCUUUGGGUGUUACGCCGACGGUUCCGGAGCACCGGACGGGAAGCCCGGAGACCCGCAGCGGACCCUUCCUCUCAGAUACAGGACCAGCCGCCACCAGAACAUGCAGUAGAGGAACCGCAUUGAGAAGAGCCGCCUCCCCACCCCGUCAUGGCCGCCUCCCCCCGGCUGGACGCCGACCCGCUGCUGCAGCUGCAGGAGGUGGCCUCCAGCAAGGCCUCCGAGAGGCCCAGAUCCCGCGGGCUGCCGCCGCCCCCCUCCGCCUACAGCCCCCCCCUGGGCAUGGACGGCCAGACCGUCUGCAUCCCGUCCCCGUACACUGACAGUAGCUACGAGUACAACCACGGCCCGCUGGCCUUCUACAGCCCGUCGGUGCUGAGCUACGGCCGGCCGGCCGCCUCCGCCGGCCCGGCGGCCUUCUGGCCCUCCGGCGGCCACCACAGCAUGCCCUCCAUGACGCUACGCUGCCCUCAGCCGCUGGUCUACGGCGAGCCGGGCCCACACGCCCCCUGGCUGGAGGCCAAAGCCCACGGCCUGGCCGGCAGCUCCCUCAUCAGCUGCAACAAGCCUCUGGGGAAGAGAUGCGUGGAAGGCGUGAACUCCUCCUCCUGCUCCUCCUCCUCCUCCUCCUCCUCCUCCGCGGUGGGGAAGGCCGACAUGCACUUCUGCGCCGUAUGCCACGACUACGCCUCGGGGUACCACUACGGAGUGUGGUCCUGUGAGGGCUGCAAGGCCUUCUUCAAGAGGAGCAUCCAGGGGCACAACAACUACAUCUGCCCCGCCACCAACCAGUGCACCAUCGACAAGAACCGGCGUAAGAGCUGCCAGGCCUGCCGCCUCCGGAAGUGCUACGAAGUGGGCAUGAUGAAGUGCGGUGUGAGGCGUGAACGCUGCAGCUACCGAGGAGCCCGACACCGCCGCGGGGGUCUCCAGGCUCGGGACCCAACGGAGAGGGCUUUGGUCCGGGUGGGGCUGGGUCUGGCUCCUCGGGCCCAGCGGCACCUCCAGCUGGAGACCCCGCUCGCCCCGCUCACCCCGCUUCCUCAGGCCAACAACACGCACCACUCGUCCAUGAGCUCGGAGGAGUUCAUUUCCCGCAUCAUGGAGGCGGAGCCUCCGGAUAUCUACCUCAUGGAGGACCUGAAGAAGCCCUUCACCCAGGCCAGCAUGAUGAUGUCCCUCACCAACCUGGCCGACAAGGAGCUGGUGCUCAUGAUCAGCUGGGCUAAAAAGAUCCCGGGCUUCGUCGAGCUCAGCCUAGCAGACCAGAUCCACCUGCUGAAGUGCUGCUGGCUGGAGAUCCUGAUGCUGGGUCUCAUCUGGAGGUCCGUGGACCACCCGGGAAAACUCAUCUUCUCUCCGGACUUCAAGCUCAACAGGGAGGAGGGGCAAUGUGUGGAGGGCAUCAUGGUGAUUUUCGACAUGCUGCUGGCCGCCACCUCCCGGUUCCGUGAGCUGAAGCUUCAGAGGGAGGAGUACGUGUGCCUGAAGGCCAUGAUCCUCCUCAACUCCAAUCUGUGUACGAGCUCCCCUCAGACCGCCGAGGAGCUGGAGAGCCGCAACAAGCUGCUGCGCCUGCUGGACUCUGUGAUCGACGCUCUAGUCUGGGCCAUCUCCAAACUAGGCCUGUCCACCCAGCAGCAGACGCUCCGCCUGGGACACCUCACCAUGCUGCUCUCCCACAUCCGCCACGUCAGCAACAAAGGCAUGGACCACCUGUCCACCAUGAAGAGGAAGAACGUGGUGCUGGUCUACGACCUCCUGCUGGAGAUGCUGGACGCCAACAUGGCCGGCGGCAGUCAGCCGGCGUCCUCGCCGAGCUCCGACACGUACUCUGACCAGAACCAGAACCGGUACGCCCAGACCCCCUCGCACCGGCAGCACCCGGACGCCGACGGCCCGCGCGAGGGACCCCUGGAGGACCCGGUCCUGGACGGACACCCGCAGGCUCCGCCCUUCCAGUCGUCUCCUCCGUUUCAGAGUCUGGUGGAGUCUCACAUGGACGGCAACGAUUACGUCCACCAGGGGGCGUGGUCACUGCACGUGGGGGGCGGCGCUCCAUCGGCGCAGCCCACGGAUUACAUCAUCGCCAACAGAGGGGUCAUGGAAACGACCUUGGAGGGGUGAGGGGGCCGAAAGAGACUAACUGAGACUGCACCUUUAAUACCCCCCCCUCUGAAGAUGGAGACAACAAAAAAGGAUAAAGAAACAAACAAGUGCUUUCGUGAUUUUUUUUUCCCCGGUUUUUUUUCUCUACUGUUAAGAUGUUUUUAGUCUUAAAAACAAAACAAAAACUAAUUUUCUGAUCGAAUAUGUUUGUUGUGCGCGUAACUAUUUCCUGUGAAUGUACUUCUACGUCCGCUCCUGCCCGGCAGCCGGAGCUCUCUUUUGAUAUCCGGUAUUUGUAUCUGUUUUUCACCUCCUUCUCAACCUGCGAUCGGCGGCGCAUGUGCUCAACGCUACUCACAGGUCGACUUUAAGGUUGUUGGUCGUAUCGCUUUAAGAAAAAAGAAAAGGUGCAGUGCUUUCUACCACACUGGUGUAUUCUUCACUUCUCUACUGUGUACUUUGGUAUUUUUAAUGGCAGCCGGUUCGUCCGGGUUGUUUUUUCUACUCUGUUUGUACUAAAUCAGCAGUUUGAGGCUAUGUGACACGAAGGCUGGAUUCACACCAAGAAACCAUCGACUCCACUAAACGGCUCUUAAAAUGUUUUUAUUGUGCCAAAGCGUCACGUUGCUCAUAUUAACUACGUUUGCAAUAUUACUUUCUAAUUGUCUAGAAAGGCGAAGUCCCGCCCCUUAUUUUGGAAGAAAUAUGUCCGGUAGUCAACGGCCAGAGACGAUAACCUUUUUAUUUGAAUAACACGUACAAUGUUUGUCUAUUUAAAAGAUAAUUUUGAAAGUAACAAAGUUCAUUUAUACUCAUAAUAUUUAAAGUUCACGUCGAAGUUACAUUCAGGAUAACAUUAAUUACUGAAUUCAUUUUUGCUUGAGCUAACGAACCAAAUAUUAGCACGCUGUCGUGCUAACUGUAUGCCUUUAAAGAUGCUAACAUUAGCGUGUUAACAUGCCUUUUAUAUGCAUGUUGACUCCGUGCUAACAUGCUAAACAUUAGCAUCUUAACAUGAUGAUUAUAUGCAUGUCGACACAAUAUUUACAUGCUAAAUAGUAGCAUGUGCUCAUGAUAUGCAUGUUGACACAGUGCUAACAUGCUAAAAGUGAGCAUGUUAACAUGCUUACUAUAUGCAAAUUGACACAAUAUUAACAUGCUAAAUAGUAGCAUGUGCUUAUUAUGUGCAUGUUGUAUCAGUGCUAAGAUGUUAAACAUUAGCAUGUUGACACAGUGCUAACAUGCUAAAGUAUAAUGUUCUCGCUACGCUGAGAGAGUUAAAUUGUCCUGUUUAAGUUGCUGCAGCACGUCCGAUAUAUUUGAAGAAUAAUAUAUCUGUGAUGCUAAAGACUGAAUAGCUUGUUAGCGUUUACUGUAUGUCAAGGGUAACGCUAACAUGCUAAUGCAUGUUGAUAUGCUAAACCUUCCAAACGUGCAGUUCAUGAGAUGUUUUAACGAUGUUUUGGUUGCUGCAAAAAACGCAGAAUGGAAAACGUAUUCCUGAUAAACUUAACGCAAAUAUUUAGUUUUUUUUAUAAAGAAAAUAACAAUUUGCCACAAUUUGUGAGAUAUUUAUGCCGUCCACUUUUUAACAUUAAAAAACUAAAAGUGAUUUUAUUUCAGUACUGGCUGCACACACAUUUCUCUCCAUGAUUUAUUUAAGUACAUACAGAUAUUUGGAUAAAGCUAAUCACUCGUCACUCGUGCACAUUAUUCGGGUCCUCGCUACGACUUCGUCGUAGAGGAACCUAUUGUUUUUCAAAGGAUUAUUAGGGUCCUCGUCGACUUCGUCGUAGAGGAACCUAUUGUUAUUAUUUUCUCUAAGGAAUGUUGCCCUUUUGAGGCCUGUAUCAUAUUCCAAAAGUUGUCAAAUUUGACAUGCAUAUCAGGACUGGCGAAAAACACGAUAUUUUCAAGGUUUCGCAUUUUUGUAUUUAGAAAUGUUUCUCUAGCGCCCCCUUGAGGUAGAAAGCUCAUACUUUUUUUUCAACAAUGACCGAUUGACUUGAAAUUUGAUAUCCAGGUUCACCUGGACCUGCUCUACAAAUAAGUUAAUGGUGGACAUCAAAUGCGCCUUCUUAGAUUUUCCGCCAUUUUGAAUUUUGUAAAAAAAUAUCUUUUUCACUUUCUUCCAAAACGCUUUGUCCGAUUCAUCCGAAAAUUUCUGGGGUCCAUUAUUGGUUCAAUGUCAUCAUAACUACUGAAGCUCGUGUUGAUAUCUUAUUGCAUUCAUAAAAUAUAGACCAAUGAACAUUCAAGGGGUGAGGCCUAAUAUUUGAAGUCACACAACUUCUACAUUAUUUGGCCUAUCCUCACCAAAUUGCUACCCUAUGUCCAUAUCGCAUCCCUUAAACUACUUAAUUUUUUUCAUAAUAUUUGAACAUUAGGGGGCGCUGCAAUAAAUCCCUCAAUAUCUGUAUUUUUGGCCUUUUUUCAUGUUUUGGGCAGUUGUAAAACUGUUAACUCCUCCUAGAGCUUACACCCGAUUCAUUCCAAACUUGCUCAGUAUGAUCUUGAGACCUUUGCCGGAAAAAAUCUGUGAAAGAUUUAAAAAAUAUUAAACAUUGUGCGGUGGGUCGAACAUCAAAAAACACUAUUUGCCAUAAAAAUCCAAGUUGAUGUAACUCACCCAUACAUUGUGGAAUCUGCUCCAUAUUUCUCAUAUAUCAUGACAUACUGAUCCUGAAGACAUCCAUAUGCUAAUUUUGAAAAAUAGUCAUAGCGCCACCUCGUGGCAAGAGGAAGUUGCAUGUUUUCUACUUUUUUACCCUUCUCCUCACAGAUUCUUCAGAUCCCUCUCAAAAUAUACCAGAAUAGAUGCAAGACCUUGAUAAGACCUGUGAAGGUCGUAAUGACACGUUGAAGUGUGGCGAGUCCUAGCAUCAGCAAACUGUGAUCCUUCGCCGUGAACAAAUAAACAUUGUAACAUCUUCGAAACCUGACUAAACUUGGCAUACACAUUUAAAGUCAAAGAUGUAGUUACCUUAUAUGAUUUGAAUGCUUCGGAUUGACAAUAUGGCUCGAUAGCGCCCCUAGAAUGAAUUUUCGUUCAAAAGCCCACGUUUUUUUGCCUCCAAUGACUAAUUGACUCGAAAUUCAGCAUACAUGUCCGGUUGGACCUGCUCUACAAAAAAUAUUACCAUGACCAUAAGCUACGUCAACUUAGAUUUUCCGCCAUUUUGAAUUUGGUAAAAAACAGUUUUUGUGCACUUUUCUUCAAAACCCUUGUUCCGAUUCCUACCAAAAUUUCUGAGAUUCAUUACUGGUUCAAUUUAAAGGAGGUAUUAUGACGAAUUGUUGAUAUCUCAUUGCGUUCAGAGGAUAUGGACCAGUGAACAUCCAAGGGGUGUGGCUUACUAUAUAAAGACACCUAACUUCCAAAUCACUUUGACUAUCUUCACCAAAUUACCAGCCUAUGUCCACAAGAAUGCUUUUAACCUACUUAAAUAUUUUCAUAAUAUUUGAACAUUAGGGGGCGCUACAAUCGAUCCCUGAAAAUAUGCCUUUUUGGCCUUUUUUCAUGUUUUUAGGGGUUGUAAAACAGUUAACUCCUCCUAGACUCUAGAGCUUAAACCCGAUUCAUUCCAAAUGUGGGCAGUAUGAUCUUGAGACCUUUGUCUUGAGAAAUCUUUGAAGGAUUUCAAAAAUAUUAAACUAUGUGCGUUUGCCGGACCGGCAAAUAAACGCCAUUCGCCAUGAAAAUGUUCGUUGAUGUAACUCGGCCAUACAUUAUCUAAUCUGCUCCAUAUUUCUCAUACGUCAUGACAUACUGACCCUGAAGACAUCCAUAUGCUAAUUUUUUAUUAUGGUCUUAGCGCCACCUAAUGGCAAUGGGAAGUUACAUGUUUUCUACUUUUAUACCCUUCUCCUCACAGAUUAUUCAGAUCCCUCUCAAAAUAUACCAGAAUAGAUGCAAGACCUUGAUAAGACCUGUGAAGGUCGUAAUGACACGUUGAAGUGUGGCGAGUCCUAGCAUCAGCAAACUGUGAUCCUUCGCCGUGAACAAAUAAACAUUGUAACAUCUUCGAAACCUGACUAAACUUGACAUACACAUUUAAAGUCAAAGAUGUAGUUACCUUAUAUGAUUUGAAUGCUUCGGAUUGACAAUAUGGCUCGAUAGCGCCCCCUAGAAUGAAUUUUCGUUCAAAAGCCCACGUUUUUUUGCCUCCAAUGACUAAUUGACUCGAAAUUCAGCAUACAUGUCCGGUUGGACCUGCUCUACAAAAAAUAUUACCAUGACCAUAAGCUACGUCAACUUAGAUUUUCCGCCAUUUUGAAUUUUGUAAAAAACAGUUUUUGUGUACUUUUCUUCAAAACCUUUGUUCCGAUUCCUACCAAAAUUUCUGAGGUUCAUUACUGGUUCAAUUUAAAGGAGGUAUUUUGACGAAUUGUUGAUAUCUCAUUGCGUUCAGAGGAUAUGGACCAGUGAACAUCCAAGGGGUGUGGCCUACUAUAUAAAGACACCUAACUUCCAAAUCACUUUGACUAUCUUCACCAAAUUACCAGCCUAUGUCCACAAGAAUGCCUUUAACCUACCUAAAUAUUUUCAUAAUAUUUGAACAUUAGGGGGCGCUACAAUCGAUCCCUGAAAAUAUGCCUUUUUGGCCUUUUUUCAUGUUUUUAGGGGUUGUAAAACAGUUAACUCCUCCUAGACUCUAGAGCUUAAACCCGAUUCAUUCCAAAUGUGGGCAGUAUGAUCUUGAGACCUUUGUCUUGAGAAAUCUUUGAAGGAUUUCAAAAAUAUUAAACUAUGUGCGUUUGCCGGACCGGCAAAUAAACGCCAUUCGCCAUGAAAAUGUUCGUUGAUGUAACUCGGCCAUACAUUGUCUAAUCUGCUCCAUAUUUCUCAUACGUCAGGACAUACUGACCCUGAAGACAUCCAUAUGCUAAUUUUUAAUUAUGGUCUUAGCGCCACCUAAUGGCAAUGGGAAGUUACAUGUUUUCUACUUUUAUACCCUUUUCCUCACAGAUUAUUCAGAUCCCUCUCAAAAUAUAGCAGAAUAGAUGUAAGACCUUGAUAAUGCUUCCCUGUGAAGGUCAUAAUGACACGUUGAAGUCUGGCGAGUCGUAGCAUCAGCAAACGUUGAUCCUUCGCCAUGAACAAAUAAACAAUGUAACGUCUUCGAAACCUGACUAAACUUGGCACACACAUUUAAAGUCAAAGAUGUAGUUGCCUUAUAUGAAUUGAAUGGUUCGGAAUGACAAUAUGGCUCAAUAGCGCCCCCUGGAAUGCAUUUUGUGUUCAAAAGGCUACGUUAUUUGCCCCCGAUGACCGAUUACCUUGAAAUCCAUCAUACAUGUCCGCUUAUACCUGCUCUAAAACAAAUUACAUUAUGACCAUAAGCUCCGCCCACUUAGAUUUCCCGCCAUUUUUAAUUUAGUUAAAAAAACAUUCUUUUCAACUCCUCCAAAACGAUAGUUGCGAUUCAUACACGACUUGUUGUGGUUCAUUAUUGUUUCAAUGCAAUCAAAAAUCUUUAAAAGAUUGUUGAUAUAUCAUUGCGUUCAGAGAAUAUGUACCAAUGAACAUCCGAGGGGUGUGGCCUGAUAUUUAAAGACACCUUACUUCCAAAUCAAUUGGCCAAUCCUCACCAAAUUACUAGACUAUGUUCACAUGACAUCCCUUAAAGUACCCUAAUUUUUUCAUAAUAUUUGAACAUUAGGGGGUGCUACAGUCAAUCCCUCAAUGUAUGCCUUUUUUGCAUUAUUUACUCACGUUUUGGGGGGUUGUUAAACAGUUAACUCCUCCUAGAGCUUAAACCCGAUUCAUUCCAAACUAGGCCAGUAUAGUCUUGAGACCUUUGUCUUGAGAAAUCUUUGAAAGAUUUUAAAAAUAUUAAAGAUUGUGCGUUCUCCGGACCGGCAAAGAAACACCAUUCGACAUUAAAAUGUAAGUUGAUGUAACUCGGCCAUACAUUAUCCAAUCUGCUCCAUAUUCCUCGUAUGUCAUAACAUACUAACCCUGAAGACAUCCAUAUGCUAAUUUUAAAUUCUAGUCAUCGCGCCACUGAGCGGCUAAAGCAAAUCAGCCUAAAAAGCAUCACAUUCACAUGUAAGUUACAUGACAAGGUCUAGACUUCACGUGGAUACACAUGAUGCAUGCAUAUGUUCACAUUGUCACAGCGCCCCCUGCUGGCUACACUGGACUCGCUCGAAUCUGCUCCAAACUUCUCAUGCUUCAUAGAAUUCACGGCCUGAGGAUAUCAACAAGCCUUUUUUCACUCAGUCAAAGCGCCACCGACUAGCAAAGUAAAAUCAGUGUCGCGUGACAAACGGUAAAACGCCCGAACGGCGGGCCUGCGUUCACGGCCAAGGGGGCCGGCGUCCCCGACGUGCGAAGGAGGAGCGAGGACCCGUUCAUCGCUGCUUGCAGCUUUAAUUAUUAUCAUCUUUUAUAAAUUUCAUGGGUUCAGUAUUAUAUUAUUAUAUGGUGUUUCGGCUCAUUUCCUUUUGUCUCUUCACGUUUUCACGCCUCGUGUUUCGGGACUUGAUCUUUAUUCUCUGACCACACGACCGGGGUCUCCUCUUAGUGGUUCGGCUUCGUUUGGAUCCCUCAGAAUAAAGAAUACUGGAUUCCUCACGCUUCAGAGGUCCUUUCCGGGCCACUUCGCUGCCAAUGUAAAUCCAGCCUUGGUGCCAGACGACCCUUCCACUGCUAACACAGCGCUUUCUUUCCUGGUGUCUGUAGCUUGCACAUGCAUGCACACACACACACACACAGACACCCACACUCACUUCUGUGAGAUCUUCUGCCUGUCGGACCUGAACCCGGAUCUUUCUCUAAACCCGCCGACACAUGCGACAGUUUAUUGUCAAUCAGAAAUGACAAUCUAGACAUCCCAUAAAUAAAGAGUUCACAAAAUAAAACCGA